GCGGAUCUCCCUGUCCAAUUUGUGCGAUAAUUGCCGGUCUUCAAAAAGGAAUCGCUGCCUUCAAAAGACUUCUUUCCUUCGACGUUCGCUGGCGGAAGAUCUGCCGAGAUGACUGCUGAAGAAUUUCGAAUUCAAAAAAACUCCUUUCCGUAUGUUCUCUGGCUGAAGUUUCGAUGUAUGAUUCCUAAAUCCUUGCUGAAGAUUAGGGAUUUCCGUAUGUGAGAGAUGAAGCCUUCAAAAUUUGGUAACUCCGAAUCAAAAUUUGCUAAGCCUCCACAGCUAAUCACACGAUUAUGCCUUCUAAAUUUGGUAAGUCCUAUUCACAAAUUUUUCCUUGAAAAGUCCUAUUCAAGAUUAUGAUUUAGGUACCAAAUUUAGGAGAUUUCUUAUUUCUUUAAGUAUAUAUCACGUUGGCCUACGUUCAUUUCAAUUGGGUUCUUCUUGAUUCGAAAAUUUUGCCUUAGAAAGAAAACUAUAAGUAAUUUAUUUGCUAAAUCGUCAUGUCUUUCAAGCCCAUUCACUCUUUAUCAAAAAUCAAUCCGACAAGUGAGUGUUGGAGGAUUUGUGUUUGUGUGAUACGGUUGUAUACGUUUCCUGCCUUCAAUGAUAACAAGGCAAUACACUCGAUAGAGAUGGUUUUCCUCGACAAACACGUAAGUAUAUAUAUCAUAUCUUAAAUAUUUAUACAAGUUUAGCCUAUGUUCCAAGUUUUUAUAUAUUUCAAGUUUUACUUCAACUAAUGUUUCUGUAUGUAUAUUGAACUGAUGAUAAGUGUCUUUCUUUAACCAAUAUUUUAAUGUCGUUAAAAAAGUUAUAUAUUCAUUAAAAAAAUUAAAAAAGAAAUCAUGUUUUGCUGAUAUGGAUAGAGAUGCCACUGUAGAUGGAUAUCAAAUGGUAUACAGUGUAUUCUAAAGUCUAGGAUAUCAAAUGGUAUACAGUGUAUUCUGAAGUGUAAAGACCAUUCUAGAUGGAGUACAAUGUAGUGUAUUCUGAAGUGUAAAGACCAUUCUUCCAGUUUUUAUCUCAUGUUUAGUUUGUUUGCAUAAAUCUAUGUGAUUUAUUCCUUUCCUGUGGUGUUUUAGGUUCUAACUGAAACUAAUCUCCAUGUUACAACUUACCAGGGUACGUACUAUGCAUAGGCCAAGACCAGUUCCACCAUGCCUGCAUUAUAAAGAACACAUUUUUUGAAGGUUGCGUCCGAGCUAUACAGAGAUUGAUUACAUAUCUCAGGGAAAAGAAGGGAAGAAGUCUUGAAUUUGUGAAAAUUGUCAAGGCAAAUUGGGUUAUCGAUAAACUUGCUUUCUAUUUUGCCACGUUUACUGCCACGGAAUGUGGAAAACUAGGAACUUAUCAAGCCAAACUGUUUCGGACUAAGGACGGUAGCAAGCUUGAGAUCUAUGAGUUUAGGGAAGCAACUGAUAAGCUGCAGGUAGAUGGCCAAGUUGGGGAUUAAGUGUUUGGAUAUGAAGCCUUAAGUAGAAUUAAGCUCAGUUGUUGGUGGUCCUAUGUGGUCGAGGAUUGGUGGUAGGAGAGUCCUAUUUUUCAAUUUCAAUUGGAGCUAUGGAAAAUCAAGUUGACGAUACAUGGACGAGAUCAGCUAGAGAUUCAAGAGAAAGGAGAAAAGGAAUACUUCAACAAAAAAGAACAUAGAAAAGCGUACUACUCUACUAUACACACUCAUCCAUGGAUCUAAUACCUUUGGUUUUUCAGGCCCUUCUUCCAUGGAUUCUCGGCGUAGCAGUUCUCUUCAUAAUACGGUUCAUACAUCAACGCCCACAAGCUAAGACUCCACCUGGUCCACGGCCAUGGCCUAUCAUUGGCAACUUGAAUCUCCUCACAGGCUCAUCUAAUACUCAUGCAUCUCUGCACUUGCUGUCUCAAAAAUAUGGAGAUUUGAUGCUCUUGCACUUUGGUUCCAAACCUGUGUUAGUUGCCUCGUCUCCCGAGUCCGCUAAACUUUUCUUGAAAGACCACGAUGCGGUGUUUGCCUCUCGGCCUCCUACGGCCGUGGGAGAGUACACCUUUGACCGGUCCGAUCUGGCGUGGUCUCCUUAUGGAUCAUGGUGGCGCCGCGGGCGCAAGAUUUUGGUUUCCGAGGUCUUCACUCCGCGGAAGCUUGAAAGCUUCGAGUGGCUUCGCGCCGAGGAACGGAUGGCUUUGAUUUCGUGCCUUUACAGCCAUGCUGUGGGUAAGAAGCCGGUGUUUCUUAGAGACCAUUUGAUGAGGUUCACCAUGUCUACUGUGACUAGGCUAGUUUCGGGUCACAAGUACUGCAACGACAAUCCGGAGUUGAGAGGAUCGUCGGUUACGAUGAAGAAAUUGCAAGAGUUUGUGGACGAGUGGUUUCUGCUUAGCGGAGCGAUCAAUAUCGGGGAUUGGGUUCCCUGGCUGAAUCGCUUCGACUUGCAAGGAUAUCAAGCUGAUGAGGAUCAUAAUGAUCCCGAGGCAGAGCUGACUCCCAAUCGCAUAAAGGCGUUAAUACACGACAUGUUUGCGGGAGGGAGUGAUACAUCAGCAGCAACAGUACAAUGGGCAUUCCAAGAAUUGAUCAGGAACCCAAGCGUCAUGGAAAGGGCAACCGAGGAGCUGGAUGGGGUGAUCGGGCGGGAGAGAUGGGUGGAAGAGAAAGACUUUGUGCAGCUACCAUACGUGGAAGCAAUCAUGGCAGAAACAUUCAGGUUGCACCCGACGGGCACACUGCUUCCGCCGCGCUACUCCAUGGAGGAUUGCAAUGUGGCGGGCUACGAGGUGGCGAGGGGGACCACGGUUCUCGUGAACGCCUGGUCCAUCGGAAGGAACCCGAAGGUUUGGGAGAGGGCGGAGGAGUUCUACCCGGAGAGGUUUCUGGGGAAGGAGGUGGACAUGAAAGGGCAAGACUUUAGACUGAUGCCGUUUGGGUCGGGGAGGAGGAUGUGCCCGGCCUAUAGCCUGGGAUUGAAGAUUGUGCGGGCGACGUUGGCCAAUUUGCUGCACGGGUUUACCUGGAAAUUGGCGGGAGACAUGAAACCACACGAUGUGUCGCUGGAAGCGGUUUAUGGCUUCACCACUCACCCCAAGUUCCCGCCGUCUUUCCUCAUUGAACCAAGACUACCCGCACAUCUGGAUUCUUUCCUUUUCCUUUUCAUUUACUUCUUAGGAGUCUCAACUUGUGAAAUUCCAGAUGAGAGUGGAUCGAGUAGUUCCCCUUCGAUCGAUCACUUCAAAGAUGAUGAAGAGAUGCUGGCGGAAGAGCAGCUAGACCGUUCCACGAGGAACGGUCGACCGGAGGAGACCAGUGAGGCAGGCGAGCUACAGGCGGUCGAUCAGGUGGACCGUCCUGAUGUCCACGGUCGACCGUCUGAGAGGCAGAAAGACGGACCCCUGGGAGUGGAAUCAACGGUCGACGUGGUGGACCGUUCUGAUGACCACGGUCGACCGUCUGAAGGGCAGAAAGAUAUGCUCCAGAGGGAUGAUGAAAUGGUCGACCGUGAAGGGGAGAACGGUCGACCGUCUCUAAGGCAGAAAAAAGACGCUCAGGAAUCUUUUCAGACGGUCAACCCCGUGGACCGUUCCACGGAUUGCGGUCGACCGUCCUCUCCCUAGAAAGCAGCAGAGACCUUGGGACGUGGUCAACGGGAAAGGCGCCCAAAUCACUUUGACUCAUCAAAUUCUCUCAAUGUGUAAGCCUAAAUAUAGUCAUGUGUGAUCUUGUUUGAUUUGUCUUAACAUAUAGAUUAUUAAUAUAUAAUUUCUAUAAUUUUUUAAUAUACAAAUUACAAGAUAAAAUGGAUUAAAGAAGUGCAUUGGAU